UUCGGGCUCCUGACCGCUUCCUCCCACCUCCGCCGGCGCCGUGGCCAUUUCUGUGUUAAGAAAUCCAGCUUCCCACCUGACAUAACUGGCUUCAAGACGGGCACAAUGUCCGAACGUGGAAUGAAGUGGGCUUGUGAAUACUGUACGUAUGAAAACUGGCCAUCUGCAAUCAAGUGUACCAUGUGUCGUGCCCAAAGACCUAGUGGAACAAUUAUUACCGAAGAUCCCUUUAAAAGUGGUUCAAGUGAUGUUGGUAGAGAUUGGGAUCCUUCUAGCACGGAGGGAGGAAGUAGUCCUCUGAUAUGCCCAGACUCUAGUGCAAGGCCAAGGGUUAAACCCUGCUACAGCGUGGAGAAUGCAAACAAAUGGUCGUGCCACAUGUGCACGUACUUGAACUGGCCGAGAGCAAUCAGAUGCACCCAGUGCUUAUCCCAGCGCCGGACCAGGAGCCCAACAGAAUCCCCUCAGUCCUCAGGGUCUGGCUCGAGGCCAGUAGCUUUUUCUGUGGACCCUUGUGAGGAAUACAAUGACAGAAACAAAUUGAACACAAGGACCCAGCAUUGGACUUGUUCUGUUUGCACAUACGAGAACUGGGCCAAGGCGAAAAAAUGUGUUGUUUGUGAUCACCCCAGACCUAAUAACAUCGAAGCAAUAGAGUUGGCCGAGACGGAUGAGGCGUCGUCAAUAAUCAACGAGCAGGACAGGGCGAGGUGGCGGGGAAGCUGCAGUAGCAGUAAUAGCCAGAGGAGAUCACCCCCCACCGUGAAACGGGACUCCGACAUGAAAAUGGAUUUUCAGAGAAUUGAAUUGGCCGGUGCUGUUGGCAGCCAGGAGGAACUUGAAGUGGACUUCAAAAAGCUAAAGCAAAUUAAAAACAGGAUGAAAAAGACGGAUUGGCUAUUCCUCAAUGCAUGUGUGGGGGUUGUCGAAGGAGACCUGGCUGCUGUCGAGGCGUACAAGUCCUCUGGGGGCGACAUCGCGCGGCAGCUGACGGCGGACGAGGUGCGCCUGCUGAACCGCCCGUCUGCGUUUGACGGCGGCUACACGCUCGUGCACCUGGCCAUCCGCUUCCAAAGGCAGGACAUGCUCGCCAUCCUGCUGACGGAGGUCUCCCAGCAGGCCGCCAAGUGCAUUCCCGCAAUGGUGUGUCCAGAGCUGACAGAGCAAGUCCGCCGCGAGAUCGCGGCCUCGCUCCACCAGAGGAAGGGCGAUUUUGCGUGCUAUUUUCUAACCGACCUUGUAACGUUUACGUUGCCAGCAGAUAUUGAAGACUUGCCCCCAACAGUCCAAGAAAAACUAUUUGAUGAGGUGCUUGAUAGAGAUGUGCAAAAAGAGUUAGAAGAGGAAUCUCCAAUUAUAAACUGGUCCUUGGAACUGGCUACGCGCUUGGACAGUAGACUGUAUGCACUUUGGAAUCGGACCGCAGGAGACUGCCUCCUGGACUCCGUCCUGCAAGCCACCUGGGGCAUAUAUGACAAGGACUCGGUGCUCCGGAAAGCCCUGCACGACAGCCUGCACGACUGUUCGCACUGGUUUUACACACGCUGGAAAGAUUGGGAGUCAUGGUAUUCCCAGAGCUUUGGUUUACAUUUCUCCCUGAGGGAAGAACAGUGGCAAGAAGACUGGGCCUUCAUACUCUCUCUUGCCAGUCAGCCUGGCGCCAGUUUGGAGCAGACACACAUUUUUGUACUUGCGCAUAUUCUUAGACGACCAAUCAUAGUGUAUGGAGUAAAAUAUUAUAAGAGUUUCCGGGGCGAAACCUUAGGAUAUACUCGGUUUCAAGGUGUGUAUUUGCCUCUGCUGUGGGAACAGAGUUUCUGUUGGAAAAGUCCGAUCGCUCUGGGCUACACAAGGGGCCACUUCUCUGCUUUGGUUGCCAUGGAGAAUGACGGCUAUGGCAGCCGGGGUGCCGGUGCUAACCUGAACACGGACGACGAUAUCACGAUCACGUUUCUGCCUCUGGUGGACAGCGAGCGGAAGCUGCUCCACGUGCACUUCCUCUCUGCUCAGGAGCUAGGUAACGAGGAACAGCGUGAAAAGCUGCUCAGGCAGUGGCUGGACUGCUGUGUGACUGAGGGCGGGGUCCUUGUGGCCAUGCAGAAAGGCUCCCGCCGGCGCAGCCACCCCCUGGUCACCCAGAUGGUGGAGAAGUGGCUCGACCGCUACCGACAGAUCCGGCCGUGCACGUCCCUGUCUGAUGGUGAGGAGGACGAGGACGACGAGGACGAGUGAACUCAAGGCCAGAAGGCACCGGGCAGACCGUGACUCCCCACACUAGUGUGGUGCUCCCAGCAGGGUGCCAGGGGUUAGGUGGGAGCCAGGCCCGCCAGCUCUGCUGGCAUGUACUCCCCGCCCCCCUCUCCACACAUACACCCCGGGAGGUGGUCGUGGAGGACUGGCAGACUAUAGUUUGUACAAAACUAAUUUUAUUCAGACAGACUGCCCCCUUUGAAUUGUACAUCUGUCUAUAAAUGUGAUGCAUGUGGCUGUGUAAGGAGUUGUGUACUAGGAACGUGUGCCAGCAUCCUCAACCCCCUGGGCCCCUCCCCCAUGCAUGGGCACUCACAGAGCACAGGGUAGAUGAGGCUUUGUUCCUGAUAUGGUCUCCCCAGCAAAGCCCAGCCACCCACCUGCAUUUCCCUUUGACCUACCCUGCGCACAAGCCUCGCUAGAGCUUGCCCUAGACAUGCGACCUUUUCCGUAUAAAUUAUCCACAGUAAAACGUAAAAAAUAAACAAGGCUUUAUUUUAAUUUAGUUCCUGUUGUGCCCAAUAAAAAUCAAAUCUUUAAGGAACAAACUGCAAGAAAGCAAAGAAAUUUUGUGUGACUUCAGUCACUACCCUAGUUUUGAAAAAAAAAAAAAAAUUAAAAAAAAUUACUAUGGCAUCUUUUAAAGUUUAUAGUAUUCAGAUAUUUGUCUGGACGGGUGGCCUACAUUGACGGCACGUCCUCCCUCCCGACUGUUGGUGGCGAUUCCUCGGAUGCCGCUGCGGGUGCCCUGGGGAGCAGGCCUGCCUGCACCGGCUGGAAACCGAUGCUCCCAGAUGGACUUGCCCGAUGUCGCCUCCACCUGAGCUGGUGGAGGGCUGUGCGGAGGACCCACCAAGGAGAGGCUUCCCACCUCAGCCAGUGUGCGUGAGGCUCCUCAGUUGGGUGUGCCUGUUGGUUCAUGGUGGCCGCCCUCACUAAAGGUCAGUUCUAUGUGGACGUCAUUUUAACAGAGUACUAUUUGACCACUGAGUGAAAACGUCAAACUUCAGGACACAGAUACUUCACACACUUGAUGUGGCAAGGAAUUUGGAAAGAUCCCAGAUAGUUACCAGUUAUAUUCUUCCUCCCCUUGCUGAGAAGGCUGUGGAAACCUUUAAAUAUCUGCUGCUUGUUUUCCCUCAUUUCUGCUUGGAUGGCAUUGAAAUGUGUGCUUCAUUUGAUGCUGGAAUACUAAAACUAGAAACCCA